AUGGGUCGCAAGCACAAAAAGCCAAGACUGGACAAAGCAGCCCCAGGGCUCACAUUAGGAGAAAUGUGGCAGCAAGCACGAGGCCAGAGCGGAGUCCAUAUGGCGGCGCACCAUAGAGGCUGCUCUGAUUUCUCAGAUGACGGCACAGGGGGAGACGAAGAUGACUAUCUCCCAGGCCCAGACCCACAACUGAGGGUAAAGCACAGUAAACCAGGAACAGACCCUGAUGCCGACCUAGUAACCACCGGGGUGUUAAAUAACCUGCUAGUGGAACUACAAAAGAACAUUCUCACAGAUGUCACCACACUCAGGGGAGAGCUGCAGGGCCUCACGGGCAGCAUAACAAAGCUGGAGGACUCCUCCCAAGAACAACAGCGGACUAUGGCCUUGCUGCAGAGGGACAUACAAGACCUGUGCCACCAAAACAUGCUGUUUGAAAGGCAAUUCGCGGCCCAGGAGAACAUGAGACGGAGACUCAAUUUAAAGGUUAGGGGAUUCCGGAGGGGCUACCGGAGGCAGAGCACCCGUAAACGAUCAAGCGUAUGCUAA